AUUUUGUAUUAUUAUUCUAUUUUUCUGCCGAUAAUAUAUUUCAUUGAAGAAAAAGUUCCACAUUCUCUCAACAAUAACCUAAUUUAAUUUGUUUAUUUUAUUGUUAUAUAAAUUCAGUUAAAAGAAGCUUUAUAACAUAUUAAUGAGUAAACCCGAUGCUUAAUAUUUUCAUUAUGUAAAUUAAAUGUAAUGUGUAAAAGAGAUUCGUUAUAAAAUUAGAGAUUACUGAAAUGUAUCAUUUUCUUAACUAUAUUUUAAUCGGAUAUUAAAAUUGACAACUGUAAACAUAACAAGAGAGUGUGAAUUCGAGAUUUGAUGCUUUCAAUUAUUACUGAGAAAUGUCAGAACCCUCUUGUUCAUCAUGUCAAGAACAAGAGACAAGUGAUACCAUUGAAAAUAUUACUCCUAAAAAUGAAUGGGAAAACUUUAAUAACUGGAUUUAUUGUAUAUGUGUCGUGACAUUCGAUUUAGAAUUGGGACAAGCUGUUGAGGCAAUCUAUCCAAGUCAUGUAAAGCUGUCUGAGUCUGAACGAUCAAAUGUAUGUUAUCUUGCAUUUCCUGAUUCCAAUUCAGGGUGCAUGGGAGAUACACAAUAUCAUGUAAGAAUACGCCGAAGUGGUUUAGGAUCUCAAGAUACUCAAGCUCUAAAAAAUUAUAACCGUCAGUCAGCUGCCUUUUUACAAACAGACAAGAAUUAUUAUUGGGGAUAUGUUUAUUUUCGACAAGUUAAGAAUAAAAAUUUACCAAGAGGUUAUUUUCAAAAGAGUGUUGUGAUAAUAUCGAAACUGCCGUUUGUCAAUCUUUUUAGUGAAAUUUGUGCAUUAGUAGCUCAAGAAUUUUUCGAUGCUGGAAAUAAAAUUAUGGAAGUGGCUAUUCGUGAAAUCGAUCAAUGGUCACCGCCAGUACCUGGUCAAUUAAUAACGCUACCUUUACUUGGAGUACUUUUUCAGACAUACGUUCCUAAUGAAAAUUAUAAGGCUAAUGGACCGUCUGGAAGUGCAAUAGAUGAUUCAUUCAGUGAGUUGUCAUUGCGACGACUUAUUCUACCAUCAGCAUAUGAAGCAGACAUGUUUCAAAGUUUGGCAAGUAUUGUAAGUCAUGUACAUCUAUUAUGGGAGUUAGUAUUACUGGGAGAACCUAUCGUCGUGAUGGCAGGAUCACCCAAAACAUGUGCUGAAAUGGUUCAAGCACUUGUGGCUACUAUUGCACCACUGAAAUAUUGCUCGGAUUAUCGGCCGUACUUCACAAUACAUGAUUCUGAAUUCAAAGAGUAUACGACCGAUGCAUCAACACCGCCUCCUGUAAUUCUUGGUGUUACGAAUCCUUUUUUUGCAAAAACACUUCAACGGUGGCCUCAUAUCAUAAGAGUUGGCGAUAACAUAAGUAUUGAAAAUCAAAAAUAUAGAAUAAAGAAAACGGACAGUUUAAAAAUACUUGAUUCAAAGCCAGGUGUAUAUACACAAUACAAACCUUUCUUACAAAAGGAUAAGACAAUUUUGAAAAAGCUUCUACGUGGAAUUCAAACUAAACGACCGAGAGAAGUGCAAACUGCAUUGCUCAAACGGCAUUUAAUGGAUUUAACAGAAAGUUUCAUGAUUCCGUUAGAACGUUAUAUAGCUAGUUUAAUGCCAUUACAAAAAAACAUAUCACCAUUUAAGGCUACUCCAAUACCUCAAUUAUUUAAUCCUGAUGAUUUUUUGGUCACAUUAAGCACUGCUGGACCACAACUAACAAUUGGGAUUAAAGGAGAUUGGGUUGGAUUAUACAAACGUUUUUUCAGAACACCCAAUUUCUCUGGUUGGUACCAUAAACGAUAUAAAGAAUUAAAACAUAAACUUCAAGCAUUGCAACUUGAAGCUUUAUCACAAGCUGAUUUAAAAACAUGGGUUCAGGGUAAACAAGAAGUUGAAAUUGUUGAUAUGAUUUUAAGAAUUCGCCAAAAAUUAGAGAAAAGUAACAACGAAGAUAUACCCGUUACACGAACGGUACGAGAACAAGUUGGUGAACGAUUAGAAGAUAUUACACGAACACUGCCAGACGAUUUAAAAAUUAUUCUCAAUCAAAAGUCCUGACAUUGUGAUUUUUAUCAGGUAGAAUGUUUACUCGAGAUGAACCGGUUAGGCAAUCAUUGUUGUUAUAUUUUAACUUUGUUAAAUAAAAUUUAAUCAAGAAUUUUAAAAUUAGAGAUUAAUAACGUUCCAUGACGACUUUAAUAAAAUAUAACUGAUCUGUAAGUUGAAUCUUUAUUAAGUGAAAAAUAAUUCUUUCUGUAUAAAGAAAAGUCUAAUAUCAAAUGAAUGUAUUUUACAAAUGGGAUUAUGAAGAAUGAAGUUGCAGUAACCUUUAAGAUUAUUUUCUAUAAAUUUUUUAAUUAUCAUGAAUACGUAAUACUCAAUGGAGUACAUAAUAUUUAUACAUGUAAUUUUUG